CUCUGCGCUCAGCCCGCGCGCUCGCAGCUUCUAGCUCUCUCCGCCUGCCCGCCCGUCCGUCCGCCAGCUCCCUUGCUACCUCGCGCUAUUGCUUGCGCUCGCCUCGCUGAUCGCGGUGGUUCUGGCCACAGUCUUCGGCUGGGAAGGGGGACAGAGGCGACGGCUCAGGGGAAGUGAGGCUACAGUGGUGGUGGUAGGAAGAUGUCGGGCGAGGACGAGCAGCAGGAGCAAACUAUCGCCGAGGACCUGGUCGUGACCAAGUAUAAGAUGGGGGGCGACAUCGCCAACCGCGUACUUCGGUCUUUGGUGGAAGCCUCCAGCUCAGGUGUGUCAGUACUGAGCUUGUGUGAGAAAGGUGAUGCCAUGAUUAUGGAAGAGACAGGGAAAAUCUUCAAGAAAGAAAAGGAAAUGAAAAAAGGUAUUGCCUUUCCUACCAGCAUUUCGGUAAAUAACUGUGUAUGUCACUUCUCCCCUUUGAAGAGUGACCAGGACUAUAUUCUGAAGGAAGGUGACUUGGUAAAAAUUGACCUUGGGGUCCAUGUGGAUGGCUUCAUUGCUAACGUGGCUCAUACUUUUGUGGUUGGUGUAGCUCAGGGGACCCAAGUAACAGGGCGGAAAGCAGAUGUCAUUAAGGCAGCUCACCUUUGUGCUGAAGCUGCCCUACGCCUGGUCAAGCCUGGAAACCAGAACACACAAGUGACAGAAGCCUGGAAUAAAGUUGCCCACUCAUUUAAUUGCACGCCAAUAGAAGGUAUGCUGUCACAUCAAUUAAAGCAGCAUGUGAUUGACGGAGAGAAGACUAUUAUUCAGAAUCCCACAGACCAGCAAAAGAAAGACCAUGAAAAGGCUGAGUUUGAGGUCCACGAAGUAUAUGCUGUAGAUGUUCUCGUCAGCUCGGGAGAGGGCAAGGCCAAGGAUGCAGGACAGAGAACCACCAUUUACAAACGAGAUCCCUCUAAACAAUAUGGCCUGAAAAUGAAAACUUCACGUGCCUUUUUCAGUGAGGUGGAAAGGCGUUUCGAUGCCAUGCCGUUUACUUUAAGAGCAUUUGAAGAUGAGAAGAAGGCUCGCAUGGGUGUGGUAGAAUGUGCCAAACAUGAGCUGUUACAACCAUUUAAUGUUCUCUAUGAGAAGGAAGGUGAAUUUGUUGCCCAGUUUAAAUUCACAGUUCUACUCAUGCCCAAUGGCCCUAUGCGGAUAACCAGUGGUCCCUUUGAGCCUGACCUCUACAAGUCUGAGCUGGAGGUCCAGGAUGCAGAGCUAAAGGCCCUUCUCCAGAGUUCUGCAAGUCGGAAAACCCAGAAAAAGAAGAAAAAGAAGGCCUCUAAGACUGUAGAGAAUGCUACCAGUGGGGAAACGUUAGAAGAGAAUGAAGCUGGGGACUGAGGAACUGAAGUUUCCCUUUUAUGAAGAGAUUGUCAUCUAUCAAGUGGAUCCCCAUUUGAAUGUUUUUUAAAUCAUUUUUGUUCUGCAAGAUCUCCCCUCCACGCACGCACCCCUAAUUUUCACAAAGCGUAAAGAAGUAAUCCAGUUCCUCCUUUACUCCUGUCAGUGGGGCUUCCCUUGCUUCCUUUUACACAACCUAAGCUGGAAGUUCAAAACUGUGGUUCCGACCCUGUUUGAACUAUUUUGACCUCUCUCCCUUGAAAGAAACCCAGAAACCAGAGGAGUACGCUGAAGAGACAACUCUUGGCCUUCUGAAACUGUGGACUUAGGAUUGGAUGGGUUGCUAGGGGGGUUUAGAGCUGGCAAACUUCAAUACCUCUGGCAUGCUGACCCAGGAAACUAGGGCUCCCACUAACUUAGAAGGUUUUUAAGAUGACAUUAAAAUAAAUUUGGAUUUGCUCAUAA